CCUUCAACUAAAUUCCUACUUAUCUAAACCAGCAUUUUUAUUAGUCAUGUACCUCUAGCCUCACAAUAAUGUUUGUUUACUCGAAGCUAUGACUUACAUUGAUAAAUUAAUUUCAUUUCAUAUUGUUGAAAAUGAAAAUAACAAAAACUUUUUGUCAUGGACCUAUCCCACGGUAACAGACGAGCACAAAAAGCACAUCCUGUCGAAUUGUUUCGCAAGAGGCGUUCAAAAUGAAUAUAUUUGUGGGCGCGUCCAAAAUAACUGGAUUUAUAUCAACCAAUUUGUGUCAAACAAAACUUUCGCAAUUGUAAUAGUGGCGAAGGAAUUUGAGCCAACCAAAUACCGACAGUUGUGUGAUAUUUUAGGGAAGAAAUAUUCCAAAUGCCAAAAUCCGGUGGAGUUAGUUACCUUAUAUUUGAAUUUGUUUACCACCUCUGGUUCUUGCUCAUUGCAGGAAAAUGGUGCUUCGUACGUUUGUAAUUUCAAAAAUUACGAAUCUGUUACCAACUUAAAAGAAUUUAUCGCAUCGUUUGAUUUGGAGAUAAUUCUACUGUAUACGGCGAUAUUAUUAAAAAGGAGGAUUUUGUUGUUUGAUUACAACACAGAACUGCUUUUAAGUGAACUAUUGGCCAUAAGCAACUUGGUUCCACAAAGAAAAGUCGCUGAUUAUUUAUAUCCAAUUAUAGAAAGUUCCAAUAAAUUAAAAGGAUUGUCCUUUUAUGUAGCCGGGACAACAAAUCGUGACUUACUAAAGGAUGAACACUUAUACGACCUCUUUGUUAAUUUGAGUACACGGGAAGUUACAGUAUCUCCAAAAGCUGAAGAAAUCAUGGCCAUGACCAAAACCCACAAAGAAAUUGCCACUUUCCUGAUAAAGUUAUCAGCAAGCCACCUGACGGAAAAUCAAGUUAAACAACAAAUUUUCCAAAAGACCAAAGAACUGCUUAAUUUAUUAACAAGCUUGACUUCAGUAACAACGGACAAUGACGUAAAGAUGAUCACGAUGAAUGAUCUGAGAGCUAAGAAAUAUCACCCAAAUUUCGAAAAUUUUCUCUUCAAUUUGGCAGUAUCUGAAAAUAUGAUGAUUUUGUAACUUCAAGUGGUUUAUUUGUAGUGCAUUCUAUUUAUAAAACAAAUAAUUAAAAUAUACAUGAACUUGGAAACAAAAUAACUGUUAAAACAAAUCAGCAAUUUUAAAAAUAUCAUGAAAAAAAGUUGAU